CCACUCUCUGCUCAGUCACACUCUCUUUUCUCUCUCCUGCUGUGUGCCAGUCCCUCUCUCCCCCCCUCCACUUCCUCAAAGUGGCCACAGCUCCUCUCUUUUCUCUUGUCCUCUUUACAUCCCUCCACCACUCUCUUUCUUCCUCCAGCUGUGUGAGCGACCAGCCCCGGCUCUGACCAUUCCUCUUCACCUCCACAAGUUGAACGGAGCUCAAACUUCCCCUGAAGACUUAAUUUUCAUCAUUGACCUUUUUUUUCCUGGUCCUUCACCCUUCCCCUCUGGAGAGGCUUGGUUGGUGUGUGCCUGGCGUGUGUGCGGCAGCGUGUGCAAGGGCUCUGGUGUCGUGCUCUUUGCCCUGAGGGAGUCCCUAAAGGUUGUGACUGACGGAGAAAAGUUAUCACCAAGAUGAAUGUUCAGCUGCUGCUCCUGGUGGCCCUGGCUGGCCCUUUCUGUGCCUUUACACAUGCAAGCCCCACAGUGCUCCCUUCAGAACUUGAUGUUACAGCUGCACCAGCCAUCACCACUGAGGCUAAUAAUCGUACCAUAGAGGAACUUAGUGUUACCACUGAUCCAUCUGCAACCAAAGCAACGGCGACCCCUGAAGUGCAUACAGCAGAAGUUAUAACCAAGGCAGCACCUGUUACUGAAGUCAAUACCAAAGCGGCUGUCGUUGAGACGGAAGCCCCUCCUGCUGCUACGGAGGGGCCGAAACCCCUUAUCACUGACCAGCCUGUGGUGGCGACCGCAGCCCCCACUGUGACAGCAAAAGUUGAUAACAAACCUGAGGCAACAGCAGCCGCAAAGACAGAGGCAGAUGACGAGGUAGUCGCUGAAGACAAGCCAGACGGCCUGAGUUCUGGCCAGGUAGUCGGCAUUGUGAUUGGCGCUCUGUUGGCAGUGGUCAUCGUCAUCGCUGUGGUGAUUGCUGUUGUGAGGAGGAUGGGAAAAUACUCCCCUUGAAGAAGAAGUCGGCUAAGCAGCAGGAGCGCCCGAGGUUCUGGAAAUUCUGAACUACUGAACUGUGACGUCACUCGCGAUCAUUAAAACAAGCACGAUACCAGAACUAAACUAAUCUAACCAGGACUCUGGACUGUUGCCAAAAAAAAGAGAGGGGGAGGCUUGUGUGUGUUUAUGUUUGUACUGUAUGUACGUGAGACGAGAGGGGUACAUGAGCAAACCUCCUCACCUCCCCCCGUACCUCCCUGACCCCACCCCCCCUCCCCCCC